AUGUCGACUGUCAUCCGCUUUGCAGACCUGGACAGACCUGUCCAUGUGGGCGUCGUCCUCAUGGGCGGGGAGACCGAGAUACUCGAUGUCGCGGUCAUCGACAUGAUCAGCGGCCUCGAUAAAGAAUUCAUCAAGACAAUUCCAGGGGUACCCGAGGAACUCAAGGCUAAGGGCAUCGAUGUCGUAUUCCACUGGGUCUCGGAGGCGGGGCCUGCGACCCCGAGCCGGCUCAACUGCGGCAUCUCGCUCGUGCCGACCGACUCAUUCGCGGACUGCCCGCAGCUGGACAUUGUAGUCAUGGGCGCCCACCUAGCGGGCUACGUGCCUACCGCCACCGAGCUGGCCUUUGUGCGCAGGAUCUACGAGACCUGCGGCGCCUUCAUCGCCAUCUGCGGCGGCAUCCAGGCGCCGCUGAUGGCCGGCCUGCUCGACGGCAAGAAGGCAACCGGGCCGCGGUUCCUGCUCGACGUGUUUCGCCAGCAGGCGCCCGCGACCGAGUGGCUCGAGAAGAGAUGGGUUCGGGAUGGCAAGAUGUGGACGAGUGGCGCGCUGCUCAACGGCCUCGAUCUCAUGCACGCCUUUGCCCACGAGCACUGGGGCAACAGCAGCGGCGAGGAGUCGCUGGUUGGAUUCAGCUGCAAGAUCUCGGCUUGGCCGAGCCGGGAUGUCGACUACAAGGACGUUCCAUGGAAGAUCGGUGGAUCUGAUGGAGCUUUGAGGCUUGGUGGUACGUACAGUAAGCGUGGGGGUGGCGCGAAUGGCCAUUUCGAUGGCAGGCGCCGUCACGACACGGCCACCAACAACCGAUAUAACUAUGCCAACCUGCCCAAGGAAAACGAGAAGCUCCAAAAGUUCUACGAUGAGCUUCUCGAGCUCCCCGAGGAGGAGCGGGCCGAGUUCUGGACCGCUUAUCAGCGGGAGCUCCCCAACAGCUUCCGCUUUUGUGGCUCCAAGGGUCAUGCCUCCGAGGUCAUGAAGCUCAUGCAGACGAGAUACAUACCCGAAAUCACACAGAUUGCGUACGAGGGACAACCUGUCGACCCGCCCAAGGCCGUCCCGUGGUACCCUGAUCUCUUAGCUUGGUGGAUGACCACGCCCAAGAAUGUCGUGCGGAAGUUCCCGCCGUUCGCCAAGUUCCAAAAGUUCCUCGUUUCUGAGACGAGCGUCGGAAACAUCAGUCGCCAAGAGGUUGUCAGCAUGAUUCCACCGCUGGUUUUGGAUGUCAGGCCUGGUAUGACUGUUCUCGACAUGUGCGCUGCUCCUGGAAGCAAAGCAUCGCAGCUGCUCGAGAUGCUCCACGUCGGCGAGGAAGCGAGGAUAUCCAACUUCAUGAAGAAGUUCUCCGGCGAUCAGUCCGCCGACACCGCCCCCGCUGUCGAGGAGGGAGCAGACCUGGAAGUUGACGCAGGGGACCAUGGCCGUGCCACUGGCAUGCUCAUUGCCAACGACGCCGAGUACAAGCGGUGCCACAUGCUGGUACAUCAACUCAAACGCCUCUCUUCGCCCAACUUGAUUGUCACAAACCACGACGCUACCCUUUAUCCCUCGAUUCGUAUCCCCAGCAGCGACCCCAAAACCAACGCGUAUCUGAAGUUCGAUCGAAUUCUGGCCGACGUCCCUUGCUCCGGCGACGGCACCCUCCGGAAGAACGUCAAUUUGUGGAGGGAGUGGGUUCCAGGUAGCGCUCUGGGUCUGCAUCUGACGCAAACUAGAAUCCUCGUUCGUGCCUUGCAGAUGCUCAAGGUUGGCGGCAAGAUGGUGUACUCGACUUGCAGUAUGAACCCUGUCGAGAACGAGUCGGUCAUCAACGCUGCCAUUGAUCGCUGCGGCGGACUCGACAACGUUGACAUCCUUGAUAGCAGUGAUAAGCUACCCGGGCUAAAGCGGAGGCCUGGCAUGAAGACCUGGAAAGUGAUGGACAAAUCGGGACGGGUCUGGAAUAACUGGGAAGAGGUUGAGGGCCAGCUGGAGGUCAAGGAUGGCAAAUCCCUGACGGGCAAGCUCUCCAAAACCAUGUUCCCUUCCGGCACCGACCUCCCGCUUGAGCGUUGCAUGAGGAUAUACCCUCACCUGCAAGACACGGGUGGUUUCUUUAUUGUGGUGUUGCAGAAAAAGGCCGAGUUUAAGGCCAAGCCCGAAACCGAUCUUGGUAGUACGACUCCCGCGAAUGGUGAGACUACAGCCUCGACACCGAAUGUCACAGAGGGUAAGCGCCCGAGGGAAGAGGAGGAUACUGAAGAACAAACAGCCUCUAAGAAACCAAAGACCGAGUCCAGCGAGCAGCCCGCAGCGUCUGAAGACGUCAACAUGGUUGACCAGCCAAAGGAAGAAAGCACUGCUCCCGCAGAAGCCAAUGUUGCGGAGGAAACGGUAAAGCAGGAGCCCGAGACAAACGCAACUGCCGCCCCUUCAGAAUCGCAGGUGUCGAAACCUGUUCCAACCCAAAAUAACCACGUGAACCAAGGCAAGAAGAAGAAGGAAGGCCCCUACGAAGAGCCUUUUAAAUAUCUCCCAGCAGACCACUCGGUUAUCAAAUCCGUUAAAGAUUUCUACAAGCUAUCGGACCGUUUCCCGCUCGACCGUUUCAUGGUUCGCAAUGCCAUGGGAGAGCCAGCAAAGGCCAUCUACUAUACAUCCGAGCUAGUGCGGGACAUUUUGGUUGCCAACGAGGGCCGCGGUGUUCGUUUUGUGCACGGUGGUGUCAAGAUGUUUAUGAAGCAGGAUGCUCCCUCAGCCGAGGUUUGCGGAUGGCGCAUCCAGUCCGAGGGUAUGCGUAUCCUGCAUGGCUACGUCGGGCCCGAGAGGAUCAUCUACUUGAACAAGAAGGAAACUUUGCGCAAGCUCUUGAUCGAGAUGUUCCCCAAGCUGGCUGAUGACGGCUGGAAGAGCCUCGGCGAGGUUGGCGAGGCUGCGUUGAAGAUUGGUCUAGGCUGCUGUGUGCUUCGAAUUGAGCCGGGCCCCGAGGACCAGGACAUGGAGCGCAUGGCUCUGCCGCUGUGGAAGAGCUUCCACUCGGUGAACCUGAUGCUUCCCAAGGAGGACCGGUCUGCCAUGUUGCUGAGGAUCUUCAACGAGACCACAGUCUUGCUAAAUCUUGGUCUUUCGAAGGACAAGGCUGAAGCAAGCAAGGAGGAAGAGGGAGAUGCAGUCACAAACGGUGAAGACAACGAGAUGAAGGAAGAGUCCGGUAUGGCUGCUGACGACAAGGUCGAAGCAGAAUCCAAAGAUGAGACUCAAGACACUGAGGAAGGUGGAGCCAAACUCGAGGCGGUCGAAGAGCCAAGCAAGGCCGAGUCCAGCAACGCUUGA